UCAAAACAUUCCAAUCCCUUAAGCAGAAACAAGGUAUUUUCUUUCUUGUAUAUAUCAAGUUCCACAGCUACAUAUGCUGGAAGCUUUGCAUUAUUUUAAAUUGAAGCACACGUGUUUUUAUUUACCAACAGACUGCUAUUGUAACAUGAUGGUUUUUCCCAUCAGAAGCUCCCUGGAGGCUUAGAAAGCGGAUCUUGCGCAUCGAAAGGUUGAAAAAGGAGGUGAAGAGAUGGGAAAUCAAACACAUCUACAGGGAAACAAAUCGGCUGGCUGAUAGCCUUGCUAAGGGAGGAGUGCAACGACAGGUUGAUUUAUUGAAUGUCUUUGAUUAAUAUCCAUGUGUUGCGUCCUUCUGAGUGUGGCUGCUUAAUAGGUGUUGUGUUUUUUAUGCAUCAUUGUGAUUCUGCUGUGUUGGUUGAAAGAUAUUCUACUGAUUUGUGUAUGGAUGAUGCUGGGACGGAUUAUGUUAAACAUCUUAGCUUUGAACUGAGGCGGCUUUUGGAUGAUGAUCUCUGCUUUAAUGCCUAAUGGUGAGGUUCUGGUGUCGAUGAUUGUUACAGCUAAUUUGUGGUUUGAGGUGUGAGUGAUGGAUAAUGAUGCUUUUGAGCCUGGUCUGAGAAGCUGAAGGUGAUAUUUUAUGAAGAGCAACUUCAGAAUUUAGAGGGUGUUAACUGCUCGGGUUCUUUUUCCCCUUCCCCAAAUCUAAAAAAAAACUACUCGGGUUCUUUUUGUUAUAGCCACCUAGGGAGUACUGGUGUUAAUGGGGAAGGCUUGUUUUGUGUUUCGAUUUCAUGUUUCUGUUUAGUUGCUUAGUGCUGUGUAGAGAUUUAAUGUUGUGUACAGUAUUGAUGAACCUUUUUACCAGUUGUGUUUUACCCGUGUUAGGAAUUGCUUUUCUUUUUUUUGUUUUCUGGAAAGGUACAGGGGCUGGUUUUGUCGUUCUUUACUUGGGAGGCUCACUGAUCACUAAUGGUUUGUAUAGUCUUUUGUGUAUAGAUGCUGUGGUGACUGAGGAUUGUUAUUCUCUAAUAUGAGAGUAACAGACCUGAAUCAGUUUGUAACUUCUCCAGAUGCGAACUUUUGGUUUCCUCUGUCAUAUCAACUUUCAAAAAAAAAAAACAUGAUGAUUUUUAACCCUGUAAUGAUUGCAGUUGUUCUUUCCGGUGUUACUUAACUGUUGGCGUAACUCAUACGAUAUUUCUAAUGUAAUGGUGGGGUUUCCUCGGAAAAACAGACUGUAAACUUGUCCUAAUCUUAAAUUACACGUCAGAUGUCUUGAGAAGCAACCAUUGCUCGUUUCUAUAUAACUCCCCACCUCUUGAUGUUUUCCUCACCGAACACAAGAAACAGUAAAACAAGUAGAGAAAAUGAGCAGGAAGGUUGGUUCUACUGUCUCUCUUCUCGUCUGCUCUCUCUUGAUUGUUACAGACUGUUUUAUUGUUGAAGCAACGACAAAGACUUGCAAGCCAAGUGGCAAGAUAAAAGGGAAAAAGCCUCCUGGGGAAUGUAACAGAGACCAUGACUCCGACUGCUGCGUAGAGGGCAAGCUUUAUGACAUUUACAAGUGUUCACCAGAAGUUUCGAACCAUACUAAGGCAACCCUGACACUCAACGGCUUCGAUAGCGGAGAGGAUGGUGGUGCACCAUCUGAAUGUGACAACAAGUACCACAAGGAUUCAGAACUUGUGGUUGCACUUUCAACCGGAUGGUUCAACAACAAAAAAAGAUGCCUCAACUUUAUUAACAUUUAUGGUAAUGGAAAGAGUGUUAAAGCUAAGGUAGUUGAUGAAUGUGACUCGACAAUGGGUUGCGAUGCUGAUCAUAGUUACCAGCCCCCAUGCGAUAACAACAUCGUUGAUGCCUCAGAUGCAGUCUGGAAGGCCUUGGGAGUGCCUGAAGAUCAAUGGGGUGGUAUGGAAGUCUACUGGUCUGAUGCAUGAUUGAUUUUCGUCAUAUCUGUAACGUUUAAAGCAUAGAGAACAAUGAUACAUGAAGAUGUGAAUUUAGCUGGUAUGAAGCUUGGUCCUUAUCUCGAGGACCUGAAAUCAAAUCCCACUCUGAUCAAGAGAUUAAUUAAGUCUAGUUUAUGUUUGUUAGGCUAAUGCUUACAAUAAGUAAGGCUUUGUGACAGUAUAUCUAUAUCCACCUCCUUUUUAAUUUCAGCUUUUACCUUUGAUCUGUUUCAAGUUGUAGUUGUAUUUAAUUUCUCCCAAUGCAUAUUUUCUUGGUUUGUAA